UCGCGUUCGGUUCAGUGACGGCAUCUGCGGCCAGCUAGUUGAGGGCAGCUCUUCCAAUGUUCUCAUAGAGCUAUUGACAUCUGUUGCGCAUGUUCGGAGCCUUUCCAGUCACUUAGACUCGACACAAUGCCUUCUCCACCCCCGAAACAGGGCGUGCCUACUGCACCCAGACCACCCGUGAAAGCUCAGAAGCCGCCGCAUGAGCUCGAACCUAUCAUUGCUUUCUACAUCUUCGCUGCCGCCAACAUAAUCGCUGCUAUCUUUGCACCAAUUCAAGACUGCGACGAGGUCUUCAAUUACUGGGAGCCUACACACUAUCUGAACCAUGGCUAUGGACUGCAGACAUGGGAGUACUCUCCUGAGUAUGCCAUUCGCAGCUGGACAUACACUGGCAUACACUCGCUCGUCAUCAAGCUGGGAAUGAUGCCACUUCGAUUCUUUGGGUUUGCCAGAUCGAAGACCGCAGAAUUCUACUUCCUGCGUACCUUCCUGGCGAUUGUUUGUGCCUCGUGUCAGAGUCGCCUGUACUCAGUGGUCGCAAGAACAUUCAAUCCUCGUGUGGCACUUUUCUUCAUCUUUGUGAUGGUGUUCAGCCCAGGCAUGUACCAUGCUGCACCGGCCUACCUGCCAUCCAGCUUCGCCAUGUAUACAGCAAUGCUGGGAUUUUCUGCGUUCAUGGAUUGGAGUGGUGGCAUCAGGACUGCCCAGGGAUUGAUGUGGUUUGGCAUUGGAACACUACUCGGUUGGCCAUUCGCAGGUGCCCUCGUGCUUCCCUUCGUUGCAGAGGAGUUAUUUUUGGUGUCCCUUACGGGCCAAGGCAUCGAGUGCGUUACAAGGCUUGCUGAUGGGUUUGUUCGAUCACUCGUCGUUCUGGUUCUACAGAUGGCUCUCGAGACAUUUUUCUACAAAACGAUCACUUGUGUGCCAUGGAACAUCGUCAUGUACAACGUGUUCAGUGGUGGAAGCAGAGGACCUGAUAUCUAUGGUGUUGAGCCAUGGCACUUCUACGUCCGCAAUCUUGCCCUGAACUUCAACAUCUGGUUCUUCUUGGCAUUAGGAGCGCUACCAUUGAUCCUUAUCCAGCAUCUGCUGCUACAAAAGUCGGUCUCCAAGCAAACGCUACUACGAAGCGUUGUCUUCGUAAGCCCGUUCUAUCUGUGGCUUGGAAUCUUCACGCUCCAGCCUCAUAAAGAAGAGAGAUUCAUGUACCCAGUGUACCCUGCGCUGGCACUGAAUGCCGCCAUCGCGCUACACAUCCUGCUUGCGAACCUAGGAUCGACCGAUCCGAGCCGUCUGGUGAGCAAGAUCCCACCGCAGGUGAAGCUUGCCAUCGUCAGUGUGCCACUGUUGCUGGCCUUCGACGUGGGCGUGCUGCGAACUAUCGGUACCCUCACGGCGUACUCGGCACCCCUGAAGGUGUACACGCCUCUACACCAGGCAGGAGUUAGCAAGCCGGGUGAUAAUGUGUGUCUUGGCAAAGAGUGGUACCGAUUUCCCUCAUCGUAUCUUCUACCAGAUCGUGUUCGGCCUAAGUUCAUCAAGAGCGAAUUCUCUGGACUAUUACCUGGCGAGUUUAACGAGGCCAACGCUGGCGGAUUCGGCUUAUUCCCUGGCACAUGGCUCAUUCCUUCUGGCAUGAAUGACGAGAACAUCGAAGAUCCGGGCAAAUACACAAGUAUCGAGCAUUGCGAAUUUCUCGUUGACUCUAGCCUCCCGGGAGUGGCGCCAACAGCCCUCGAGCCAGACUAUAUCGCAGACACAGAGCACUGGGAGCCGUUGAAGUGCGAGCCGUUCCUCGACGUUUCACGCACGCACCUCUUGAGCCGUCUGCUGUGGGUACCAGACCUUCCAUUUGUGCCGGAGCGAUUCCGCCGUAAGUGGGGGCAGUACUGUCUGUUGCAACGAAAGGUCUCCGACAAGAGCACCCUAGAUUCAAUCAACAAUGUUAUCGCAAUGCACGUACGUACGAAACAACGCAAGACAAUGGAAACAUGUCUAUCACAUUGGCAUAUAACAUGCCCUGUUCUCUGGUCUGAUCGCAGAUACUCACCACCCUCGUUUGUAUCAACAUACGCUUCGUGGGAUUCUUUACAUAAACGCCUCAAGUUGGUCACCAGAUCUGCCAGGUUCGAGUAUUCAACGAUGUCUGCCUUGUCAGCUCGAACUCGAGAGCAUGCUGAACAGCUGGUCAAUGUCGUCCAACAUAAGUGCCAUACAGCACAUACAGCAUGGCAAGAUGGAAAUAUACGGCCAAAGUUGAUAUUCUAUGCUGGACUUGCCCUUGUGACAAGCGUAUGGCUAGCAAUCACGCUUCUGCUCCGACUUCGUACCCGAAAGCGCCAACUUACCACGUCCCCAAGCACCCCAAAAUUCGAGAAAGGCUCACCAUUCAAGAUAGCGGAUCGACAGCUUGGAGUAUGGACACCCUCCCCCUUCCGUCGCCCAACGGCCACCCCCUACCCGUCCUGGUCUCUAAACUCCAACAAACCGCUCCCCUACCGCCCCUUCCGCUACGGUCCCAAAUACAAUAUCACCAUGGGUCUGCGCACCAUGCACUGGAACGACUGGAUCGAGCUCGACAACGAGUACCUGAAGUACCACUCAUUGAAAGCCUCUCGUAUUGCUAAGCGCGGAGAGAAGUGCUGCAGAACUGCACCUGAGGCAUGGGACGCGGCAGUUGAGCUGCUGGAAGAGUUUUGUGCGUAUUUGCCAGAGAGGUAUCCGACUUUGUUUCGGCGUUUGGAGGGUGAGAGGGAGGGUGUGAGGAACUUGGCUACUGGCGAAUUGUUCGAUAUUGAGGAGAGACUUACAAUCGAGAAAGAGGAUCCGAUGCAAAUCUGCGCACGUUUGGUACAGGAUGAUUUGGCGAUUAUGAUCGAACGACCAGACGGCCAAUACUACCUCCUCGCCGGCGCCAUCCUCCUCGCUGGCUUCUGGCGCGUAGAAGACAAAUUCGGCAUGUCCUUGUCCGAUAUCCACACCAGUGGCGACGUUCCACAGUACAAAGAGAAGCUUGAAAAGGGCAUGUUGAAUAUGUUCAAGAGAUUGCAGCCUGAGAAGCCGGUGCUGAGGAAUAAUUACUUCAUUCAAGUUGAUGAUAAUUUGGCAUGGAGUGAGAGUCUGGGGAGUGAAGAUUACGAAGGCAUAACUUGGGCAAGCGCGGGAAGAGUUGAGGGGGUGGGGAGGGUGUGGUUCAGGAGUGAACGGCAGAGCUUGAGGAGGCUUCCGAAAUCGGGUGGCAUCGUGUUCACCAUCCGGACGUACUUUCAUCCCAUUACGGAGAUCUGCAAGGAGCCGUAUGUUCCGGGUAGACUUGCAAGCGCGAUACGUAGUUGGGGUCCUGAUGUGAGUCAUUACAAAGGAAAGACGCAGUAUGCGGAUGUGAUAUUGAAGUAUCUCGACGAGAUGCAUGAAAAGCAAGUGGAGGCCGGUUUGGAUCUGGAGAAAGAAGAUGAGGUCAGAGCGUACCCUUACUGA